AUGUCUGGCAUUGGAGCGCCCUCUGGGGCCGUCGGCCACGGCUCCAUUUAUCAUUCGCAGAGUCCGGAGAGUUUCUUCACGCACAUCCCCGGCCUCAAGAUGGUGGUGCCGCGGGGACCGAUCCAGGCUAAGGGACUGUUCUUGUCGUGCGUGCGGGAGCCCGACCCGUGCGUCUUCUUCGAGCCGAAGAUCCUCUAUCGAUCAGCGAUCGAGCAGGUGCCCAUUAAGGACUACAUGGUGCCGCUGGGGAAGGCAGACGUGAUGGAGGAAGGUACGGACGUGACGAUGGUAGCGUGGGGCACGCAGGUGUCACACGCGUCUCAUGCUCUCUCUCUCUCUCUCUCUCUCUCUCUCCUCAACCUGGAGGCCCCGAUCGAGCGCGUGUGCGGACACGACACGCCCUUCCCGCACGUCUUCGAGCCGUUCUACAACCCCGACAAGUGGCGCUGCCUGGAGGCCGUCAAGCGACUCGUCAACUUCUGAGCGGGAGCGGGAGACGAUUUUUCCGACGAUCGUCGGUCAUCGUCGUGUUUUGACGUGUCGUCGCUACCGUUCGGUAACGGCGAUGUGUCGUCGCUACCGUUCGGUACGCCGAUGUGUCGUCGCUACCGUUCGGUACGACGAUGUGUCGUCGCUACCGUUCGGUACGCCGAUGUGUCGUCGCUACCGUUCGGUACGACGAUGUGUCGUCGCUACCGUUCGGUACGAAUGUGUCGUCGGAACCGUUCGGUACGACGAUGUGUC